UCACAGCCCAGCCUCAGCCCCAGCCCCCGCACUGCUGGCACAGUUUGUGUGAAAUGACAGAACUGCACGAAGCAGCAGCUUCUGCUGACUCUGAAGAGGUGGAGGAGAUUUUGAAGAAGCGUUCUUGCGACCCCAACCUUAAAGAUCCUGAUUGGAAUGACAGGACUCCACUUCACUGGGCGGCAAUCAAAGGGCAGGGGGAGAUGGUGAGGCUCCUCGUACAGAAUGGAGCUCGACCUUGCCUAGGAACCGACACGGGUUGGACUGCAGCACAUUUUGCUGCAGAGUAUGGAAAGUUGUCUGUCCUUCGAGCGUUGCAUUUACUCCAUGCUCCUGUUGACAAAGGGGAUCUUUAUGGGCACACCCCCAAAAGAAUUGCAGAAAUAUAUGGGCAAACAGAUUGUGUCGCAUUUCUAGAAAAAGCAGAGCUGGAGUGUGCUGAAUAUAGGAGGGUUGCCGAGCAAAAUGGAAUUCUGCUAGAUGAUACUGAUGAAGAGUGGGAAGAGCAGAAGGAGAGAGAGUUGGCAAAAAGAAGGGAGACUAUCGAGAGUGAGAACACUAGUGCACAGGGAGUACGUCAGUGUAAGAGGGAUUCCUCCCAUACAAUGAGGUCUAACAAAGAGGUACAGAAAGGAAAGUAUUCAAAUGUGAGCAGUGUUUGGAAUAAAGGAAAAACCAAACCCACUACAAGAUCCAAUCUAUCUAAAAUUUAGUUCAGUGAAAAUCUGAAGCUACAUAAAACGAUAGUUUAUGCUAGAGUGAAUCAAUGA